AAUCAACACCCCCAUCCACUACCCGCAUCCAAAUACGUCUAGGUACACAAGACAAAACAUACAUCAUCUUCAACCACCCCCCGGCCUUCUUUCUUACAAAAUUAUUUUAGAUUGCCAUUUUUCUUUUCAGAAGCGUGUUUCUUUCUAGUACAGAGACAGAGACGCCGACGAAGAAAGACACCAUUAUUUUAUUGUAUAUUACCCACUACCCAUUCAUCAUCCUUCAUCUAGUACCAAAAAUCCGUUAGACACACUGACCACCAAGCUUGGUCCUUGCUUUGGUUCUGCUAGCCUUUCCCCAUCGACCAGGUCAUUCUAGUAACCGUAGCACCCUCUUUACAAUCUACCACAACCACAUCCACCACAAAUUCAAUCGACGACCACGAUAUACGAAACCACGGCCUUGUCACGACGCAUUUUCAAUACCUCCUAGGCUCAUGAACUCGAUGCCAAAAGUUUCCGUAAAAUUGCGCCUACCGUCGCCUGCCGUCCACAGCCUCCUAAGCCCAUAUCCGUCGCCCUUGACAGGCAACAUUGCGUGAUUCGUCGAUUUCGUGGUUCUACGAGGGGCUCCAGGGGAAUCGCACAUCACCUUCUCUCUUCUUCCCUCCUCCCUUUCCCCUUCCCGACCGCGAGACCACCACCCUCAUGGUCCCCCCACCGCCGUCUCACUCGCGAUCUGGAACUUUCUCCCCUGUCCCUGCUCAGAGUUUGCAGACAGGACUGACACAUUCUCCCCAUCCGUCACAGGCCGGUCCUCUGAGUGCUGGCGCAAGCCCCAGUACCAGCAGCCCGACCACGGGGACCAGCUCUCUUACCAAGAUUGUCGUCGCACAGGUCUACCUUCUUCUGAGUACCAUCAAGGACGACAAAGAUCGCGCCAAGUGGGAGUUACAAGUGGAUCAACUAAACAAGCUCCUCGAUGACCACGGCAUGGAGGUCUUUCCUAAAUACUUCACCCGGCUGGUAGCCGGCAAUGCCCCUCAGAUAUUUCCCGGCAUCAACCGGUCUGUCGCCAACCCUGGAAACUAUUCACUCCUAGUUGGCGAGAUGGCUAAGAUUUCGCAUGACCUCGAGCAAGCCUCUCGAAUAGCCGAGUCGAUCGAAAUGGCCAACGAAGACAUAUUCCGUGACUUCGACUUGUCUACAUUCAUGGAACACUUCAAACUUGAUGCCCUAGAGAAGACUAUUCUAGCUCUGGCGUUCAAGUUUGGAUCUCGUCAGGAUCUGAAGACUAAAGCCGAUGCCAUUCUCUCCACCAACUUUCCUACCUUCGUGAAUAUACUCUCCCGCGCAGAUUAUGGCGACCACUCAGAUCUUACCCCAUCCUUCAUCGCAACUAUUGUCGAUCGAUAUAUCCAGGGUCAUCCUCCCAACUUCAACUCCGCCGCUAAGCACGAGCUCAGUCACAAGGUUCAGUCACGCUGGUUACAGAACGACCAAGCACCUCCGAUGGAGGUAUUGGCUGCUUUGGACCUUAUCAGAGUGUUAGCCGAGAAACUACCUAACGCACUAGCGCUCUAUAUUCAAAGAACCGGCACCGACUUUACUCGCGACGAGGAUUCCUGCGCCGCCUUCCUGGCAAAUCGACCGAUCAAUAUUCAACUAAGCGAAGAGCAAGUCUCGGCAGCUUUAACUUACACCACCGUCAGCAUCACAUUCCGUCAUAAUCCUUCCGUACUUGUCGCAGCUCUCCGCCGUACACUCCCACCGUCUUUCCGCUGGCACGAUGUCGUCGCGUAUUUUGACCAACGCGACGUUCGCGUGUCUUCCGCACAGUUUCUUCGACUGUACGAAGCACUUCUACCAGUUACACAAGCCCAGGAUGAACAGUCGCCGCUGUUUAGCAUUCAAAGUUUGUGGGGGGGAUCUCAUUGGGAGAACCCAGAAACACAACUUUCGUUCAUAUGUGCAUUUGCGUCCUUGAGUCCGAAUGAACUUGACGCGAGCACUAUUCCCGGUCUUCAGCCAACAUUCACUCUUGACGAAUACGCACACUCACCCCCUGAAGUCCGCGAACGAGCAGCGGUUGCCGUAAAACAUCCUCUUGUCUCUGGUUUAGCCCUAUCAGCAAUCUUCCAGGUUGCACUACACUCACUACAUGCAUCGCAGAGUACCGAAGCGAAACGACUAUUCCAAGAAGUGGUGGUACCGAAUCUUGACAUCUUCAUAGUUUCGGCAUUUGGCAUCCCCAAACCUUGGCCCCCUAUGGCUGUUGAAACACUGGCGUCCUUGUUCGAGAAUUUCUUACACCGACACUCCGAGUAUCAUGACUUUGUUCUAGACAGCCUGUGGAGAAAGGAUAGGGCUUGGGUCACGCAAAGACUAGUCGAGGCCCAUGCCGCGAAGCCGAUGGACCUGACUCUCAUAUUUGAGCAUGUCAUCAAGCAUGGCUGGCUCGACGAGCUCGUCUAUAUGCCUAACGGAUUCGGCUACGAUCUGGCUGCUCUCGCACAUGCCGAAGGUCAUCUUGACCUCGCUCAAUGGGCUCAUAACAACGCCGAGCGAAGUCCCGCGAUUUCUCAAUCUCUUCUGCAAUUCCUGAUGAUCAAGGCAAAUAUGGAGUUGCAAUCCCAGAAAACCGGAGAAGGACAGACAGCACCAAAGACAACUACCCCGCUUCACGUCAAAACGGUGCUCGCAAUGCUUCAGAUUCUCGAAGACUUUCUGCCGCGCAACCCCCUCCCAGAACUGAUCAUUGUUCAACGCGUAUGUAUCACAGCAUACCCCAGACUUAUCAACUAUGGGGAGGGUUAUGAUGAUAUCAUUGAUGCCAACGGCAAAGAUGGUAACGGACUUCCACCUGCGGCUGUCGCCAAGAUGGAAGAACACUACAAAAAGAUGUAUGGCAAGGAGUCAGAGGUAAAAUUUGUUGUCCAGAAACUUGAGGAGUACAAACAAUCACGAGAUCCUUUGGAACAGGAUAUCUUUGCAUGCAUGAUCCAUGGACUUUUUGAUGAGUAUUCUCAUUUCAUUGACUAUCCUUUGGAGGCGUUGGCCACAACUGCGGUUUUGUUUGGUGGUAUAAUAUCCCACAAACUCAUUUCUGAACUGCCACUCAAAAUCGGACUUGGCAUGAUCCUUGAAGCUGUGAGAGAUCAUGGCAUUGACAGUUCGAUGUACAAGUUCGGUCUGCAGGCCCUCAUACAGAUAUUCCCCCGAUUCAGAGAGUGGCCGGGACUCUGUAAACAACUUUUACAGAUCCCCGAUUUGCGUGGUACCGAUGCUUACAGGAAGGCCGAAGAAGUUGUCGUAGAAGACGAAGAGGACCGGGCACGGACCCAUAACGGCACAGCAACUCCUAGUCAUAUAGGGACCGAGUCGCUCAUGAAUGGCAAUACGGACGGACCGGAAACACAUGCAGCUCCUUUUGCAGCGAUUAAAAUUGACCCGCCGCCUUCAGAUAUUGCGUUUGAGGAGCCCAUCGUGGACAUUCAAGACAGAGUUCAAUUCGGACUCAACAAUUUGACUAAUACCUCACUCCAGUCCACCUACAGGGAGAUUCAUGACAUUUUGGACGAGAGACAUCAGCAAUGGUUUGCCAGCCACCUCGUCGAAGAGCGUGCAAAGAUGCAGCCAAACUACCACCAGGUGUAUCUCGAUCUUGUUAAGCUUUUCCAAAACUCCGAUUUAUGGUCUGAAGUUUUGAGACAAACCUAUAUCAGUGUGGCCCGAAUGUUAAACUCGGAGAGCACAUUGCAAAACUCUACGGAUAGAACUCACUUGAAAUAUCUAGGAGCCUGGCUUGGUCUUCUAACCAUUGCGCGAGAUCAACCAAUCAGGCACAAGAACAUCGCAUUCAAGCAACUGCUCAUUGAGGCCCAUGAUACAAAGAGGCUAGUCGUUGUUGUGCCUUUCGUCUGUAAAGUGCUCAUCCAGGCGGCGAAAUCAACUAUUUUUCGGCCUCCUAAUCCAUGGUUGAUGGAUAUUAUCCAUCUCCUCAUCGAACUCUACCACCACGCCGAACUGAAACUUAACCAAAAGUUCGAAAUCGAGGUUCUCUGCAAAGACCUAAAUCUAGACCACAAGAGUAUAGAGCCAUCUAGCGAACUUCAAGAUCGCGUGCCGGUUGAGGAGGCCCUUGAUAUUGGUAUUCAAGACCCUCUGGAGCACUUUGAUAACUUGUCUCUAAACGGCAUGGCUGGCGCUGUUCCGUCUGGUCUUGCGCCGCAUCCAAUUCCCGUCUCAAUCCCGGACAUCAGCGCUCUCCUUUCGAUUCCACCCACGAAUGAGAUGGUGGUUAACAGCGCCCGUCUUCAUGAGAUCGUCCGUAGCGCUGUAACGAAGGCUUUACAUGAUAUUAUCCAACCUGUUGUCGAUAGAUCCGUCACUAUUGCUGCGAUAAGUACUCAACAGAUGAUCCAUAAAGACUUCGCAACCGAGCCGGAUGAGAACAAGCUGCGAACGUCCGCAAUCAACAUGGUAAAGGCCACUGCAGGAAGCCUUGCUCAGGUUACUUCAAAGGAGCCUCUCAGGGCAAAUAUCACCAAUCACAUGCGAAACUCUGCCGCCGAACUGCCUCAUUCACUACCCGAAGGCACAAUCAUUAUGUGCGUCAACUCUAACCUGGACCUCGCAUGUAGCAUCAUUGAGAAGCAAGCCGAGGAACGUGCGGUGCCGGAAAUCGAAGAGAUGAUCGAAGGCGAGAUCGAGGCUCGUCGUCGUCAUCGUCUGCAACGACCUAAUGAGCCCUACGUCGACCCAAGCCUUAGUCGAUGGGCCAUGACCAUUCCGCAUCCCUAUAAGCUGUCGCCUAGUAUGGCCGGUCUGAACGCCGAGCAAAUGGCCAUCUAUGAUGACUUUGCUAGGACGCCAAGAGGUGCCACCCAAACCAGCGCAGCUCAUGCUUCAUCGGCUUCAGAUGCUACUAGAAAUAUCGCAAACGAAGUUCUCCAGGACCAGUACAGCUCCGUUCCGACCCUUGCCACCCCAGGCGAAACACCAUCUCUUCCCCACCUAAACACACAACUCCCCUACAACCAUGUACACGCGGGCAUGGCUAACGGUCGCCCUUCAGCCCACCCUAUGGAUGGAAGAGGAUUGAUGGAGAAGGUGGAGAGGCUCUUAUCUGAACUUAAGCGCACCACUACGUCAACAGAAGAGGAGCACUUCGCCGACUUGCCCAGGUCCCACCCAGUUCUCGAGGUUGUGGACGUAUUCACUCAACUCAUAAUUAAUACGUCACAAAACUCGGACGAGUUUGCUUUCUACGCCGCCGAGAAAAUUUGCCAGCUACUCUUCAGCGGAGUGGAGAAUACUCUUUUCCUAGAAAGCCUCGUUCACAUCCUUGAGCAGUUGUUGAAGAUAGCGGCUAGUUCCGGUACCGCCUUGCAUGAUCGUGUCCAGAUUAGUUUCUACCAGCAGCCACCUCAGAACAUCCUGAACAUCUCUCUGAUCACGGCUCUCCUCCCGACGGACUUCCUCGACCUGCACAGCAUCGACCAAAUGAUGGCCAAAAUACUGGUUCAGAGAGAAGAAGGGUAUCUAGAGUUUUUCGAUAAACUGCUAGAUCUUACGCUGUUCAACGAUCGUCCUGUUGCUCUCUUAGCAGACUAUGUGCGCAGUCUGGAAGUUGCUUGGGACUGGAUCAACGAGGAUCCUACCCUUGAGAUCGGCCAGCGUUUGAAAUCGAAGUUUAUCGAUUCCGGACUAAUCAAACCACAGAAUCAGGAUAUCCAGGACAGCGCCGAACGUGUGGACCAACUUGAGUACAUCUUCGACGAAUGGGUUCGAUUGUAUAACAAUUACAACACCCCGGAGAAGGCUCAAGUAGCCUUCGUGAAGCAAAUCCGUAGCAGGAACAUUAUCGUGAACAAAGACGAUUUUUUAGUCUUCGUACGAAAGGCCAUCGACCUCGCAGUGAACUACUAUGAGCAGAUUUUACAUGCUGGAGGUGGCGGUAACGAAGCGUUCACGGCAAUAGACGCACUCGCGAAGAUAGUCAUGAUAUUCGCUAAGGAGAGUGCUGAUGAACUUGAAGACCCCAGGGCCGGAUUUCUUCCCAUUCUAGAAGCUGUUAUGUCUCUUGUUACAGUUGUGCUCAACCAUCACCACGUUACACGAGGCGAGCACUUCAACCAGAGAGCCUUCAUUCGCUUCUUCUCCAUGUUCAUACACGGAGCCGAUGUAGUCUUUGCGGAAAGCCCAGCCCUUGAAUCGUGUCGACCAGAGUUCUUACUCCGACUUUCCGACACGUUCCUACAGCUCAACCCAAGUCGCUUCCCGGGAAUGUCCUUCGGAUGGCUCUCUCUUAUAUCCCAUCGACGUUUCGUUCCCGACCUACUUCUACUCGAGUCGAAGCGUGGUUGGCCCUCAUACACUAAACUCCUAACCUCUCUUCUUGGAUUUGUUUCGGAGCACAUGAAGGCAAUCGAUGUGACUGACGUCGUUAAGGAAUUUUACCGUGCAGUUAUCAAGCUCUUGGUGCUUCUCGCCCAUGAUUUUUCGGAGUACAUAUCGACCAACGCUACCGAACUAUGCUUAAGCAUCUCACCCCACUGCACCCAGCUCCGAAACAUCGUCCUCAACUGUAGCCCAAGGGCGGACGCCAACGAUGCGGUCCCACAAGACCCCCAAGUAGAUGCAGUCCCUGCUCUAUCCUAUUUGAAGGAGGUUGGCAUGCUAGAGAUCCUUGAGCAGCUUAUGCAAGCUCCUCCAUCUGAAGAUGCUAUCGCGCACCUCACGCAUGCCAUUAACAAGAGUAACGCGAAUGAGACGACGUAUGGCAACGUUCCCCUAGGCGUCGACCAGAAAUUGGUUGAUGGGAUUGUCACAUUCAUUGGCAGCCAGGCUAUCAUAAGAGCUCGUCAAGACAGACCACUAUUCGUUCAUGGCUCUCCAGAUGUUGCGACGCUAUCGUUGUUGGUACACGAGUUACAACCCCAGGCACGAUACUUCCUGUUGAGCAGCAUCAUCGACCGCCUACGUCACUACAGUCCUAUUACGGAGUACUUCAGUUACCUAAUUUUUGACAUCUUCGGACAAGAUCUAAACGACCCUGAGGAAGUUGAUAUUCGCCAGCAAAUUGUCCGUGUCUUGUUGGAGCGAAUUGCAGGCUUUUGGCCUCAACCAUGGGGCCUCAUGAUGGUAAUCAUGGAAUUAGUCACGAAAGAGAAGUACCACUUCUUUGAUCAACCAUUCAUCAAGGCGGAUCGUGAUAUUGCGGACCAAUUCAUGGCCAUCGCCAGACAGCAGCACCCUCAGUAAAUACAGAUCACCAUACCCAAAAUGGAGAACAUAUAGUCUAGUCUCGUUGCGUCAAGAAAGGAAUGAUUUAGUCACGGAGUUCUUGAGCGAUCAAGACACAUUAGAUAGUGGAACAACCUGGGCCUCGGAAGCACAUGUGUAGCGGAAAAAGGGGAUUCUUGGCGAAGUGAUACCACAAUAGGGCGCAAAAAAACAAAAUUAGGUGGAUGGCCGUUUGAUGAAUGGGCAUUUCAGGCGUUUUCGGGUGAAUUCACGAAAGCUUUGUAUGAUUCCUGUAUUUUUGCGCAGGGUGAAGCGCGCGAUACGAUGACCACGGUGCUGCGAGGGCGUGCUUUUGAUCUUUUCUCCCGUGGAAUACCGCGGACAUGUGUAUUAAUAUAUAGAGGUAGACACGCCAGACUCAUGUCUAUCUCACGGUGAUAGUGUCUUCACAGCUUUUACCUUAUGGUGACCGAAUGAUUCAAUAUCUCGUGCACUUUAGUACGUACAGGUUAGGCAGAGUGGAAUCAUCACGUGAAUAGAUAUCUUGGCCCUUAUCUCGAUGACGAUCAUAUUUAU